AUGGGUAUGGUUAUUGAUACCCCGACUAAUGGUUCGGUGACUACAUCAUGGAUGUGUUUGAAUUGUUUAUUGACUAUCUAUGGUAAGAGUUUUGUGAUGGACUUAGUUUAUCUACCAUUGAAUCAACUCGAUGUUAUCAUUGGAAUGAACUGGUUGCAGUUUAACCAUGUUCAUAUCAACUAUUUUGACAAGUCAGUGCCCUUUCCAGAGUUUGAUACAAGUGAUGAGUUAUUUGUAUCUGUAAAGAAAAUGGAUGACUUCAUGAAGGGUGAUUCUAAGGUGUUUAUGAUACUAGCUUCCAUGAAGGCGGAAAGCAAAGCUACGAUUGGUGAACUACCUGUGGUGUGCAAUUUUCCAAAAGUGUUUCCAGAUGAUAUCCGUGAAUUUCCAUCGGAGUGCAGGGUUGAGUUUACCAUAGACUUAGUGUAA